GCCGCCGGCCGCCAUGUUGUGCUAGUUCUGUGAUCGGCGGCGGGCAGCUCACCGACAAUAACAACCCACCGUUGUCGUGAGAGGCAGGAGGGUCGCGGGCCUCUCACACCGCGUCCUCGCAGGACCCGGCGCCAUGGCAGCCGCCUUGGGAGGAGGCGCAGAUGAUGACUUUGAUCAGUUUGAUAAGCCUGGUGCAGAAAGAUCCUGGAGGAGGAGAACUGGAGAUGAUGACUGGGACAGUGAAUUAGAUGACGACUUGCUUGGAGAAGAUUUGCUGACUGGCAAAAAGACUCAGUCAGAUAUGUCAGAUGAAGAACUGAAUGAUGAUCUCCUACAGAGUGACAAUGAAGAGGAUCAACACUUCAGUACUCAGGAUGUCACCGUUGGUCUUAAUGCUACAUCUGGUAUGGUUACAUCUUUUGAGCUCUCAGAGACAGCUAAUGAUCCAUCUAUGGAGCAAAACUCCGAGUAUGAACAAGGGGAAGAUGACUUGGGAUAUGAGAAAUCAGAAGGGCCUGAAGGGUAUGCUGAGGAGUAUGCAGAAGGACAGUAUGAAGGCCAAGAGACUGAGCUGACAGAAGACCAAAUAGAAUAUGGGGACGAUCAGGGAGAAGAAGAGAUUUAUAAUGAUGAAGUGUUAGAACUCGAAAUCAAUGAACCUCUAGAUGAAUUUCCAGAUGAAGAAUAUAUGCAAUCAUACACUGAGCAGCAAGUAAUCGAACAGCAAGAAUAUGUAGCUGAAGAAGAACUGGAAGAGGUUGUUGACACCCAGACACCUCCAAAUGAGUCAGAAGAGGCAGUUAUUGAAAAUCUGGAGCUUCAAGAAGAAACCAAAGAAGAAUCUGAUGAAGAAGAGGAAGAUGAUGAAGAGUCUGGCCGAUUACGUUUCAAAACUGAGCGCAAAGAAGGAACAAUCAUUAGACUAUCAGAUGUAACAAGAGAAAGAAGAAACAUUCCAGAAACAUUGGAACUUUCUGCAGAAGCCAAAGCAACGUUACUUGAAUUUGAAGAGAGGGAAAGGCAACUGAAGCAGGGGCGUUACAGCUCGAGAAGAGGAGGAAGGCGAGGAGGGCCUUUAAUGUGUCGCGGAAUGGGAGAACAAAGGAGAGACAACAAUGAAAGGGGAAGAAUGAAGGAUCACAGGCCUGCUCUGCUGGCAACCCAGACAGCUGUUACGACUCAUUCAGACAGGAUCUUUCGUCAUCAACAGCCCAUUAGGAAUCUCUUCCAGCAGCAGCAACAACAACAGUUACAGGGUCUGCUACCCAUUCCCCCUCAGCAUCAUACACCACCCCCUCCCCCUCAAGGGAUUCAUAUGCCACCCCAGCUAGAAACACCAAGAAUACUGAUGACUCCUCCUCCAGUGACCUCCCAGCAGCCAAAAAACAUACACAUAAACCCACACUUCAAAGGGACUGUAGUAACGCCUGUGCAAGUGCCCUUGCUGCCAGUCCCAGCCCAGCCAAGACCUGCUGUAGGACCCCAGAGAUUUCCUGGCCCUCCAGAUUUUCAACAAAACCCUCCUGGCCCUGUUCCUACCAACUUUAAUCAAGCCCCAAGACUCUCCCUCCAGGAUCAGUGGAGAGGACCACCACCACCUCUGCCACCACCACCUCCACAGGACAGAGAGCCUUUCUUCAUGGGAGAUCCUCGAUUUCCCAGCCAUCACUUGUUUGAACAGCGGAGUCCUCCUCCACCGCCGCCACCUCCACUCCUCAACAGCACCCAUCCUGUUCCCAGUCAAAACCCACUCCCUUUCAGUCAGCCUGGACCAGGUUUUAAUCAGCAAGGGCAGCAGCCCAUGUUUCCUAGAGAGAGGCUGGUGAGGCCAAACAUUCAGCCUCAGGGCCCAGUGGGAGUUCUUCACUUCAACCAGCCCGGAGCAGCAAAUACACGGCCCUUCCUUCCUCCCAGGCAGUCAUUCCUGCAAGUCCCAGGGCAGCCGUUCUUGACAACUCUUACGCAGCCCAACAUGCAGGGCCCCUUGCACCCUCCGCUGCAGCCGCACCAGCAGCACCAACCGCCGCCGCACCACCACCAGCAGCAUCCACAGCAGCAUCAACCGCAGCACCAGCCGCCGCCGCACCACCACCACCAGCAGCAGCACCACCAGCAGCAGCACCACCUCCUUGCUGUGCCUCCGCAGCCUCUGAUCCCAGUCGCCCCAUCCCAGUUCAGACCUCAUAUGCAGACUUCACAGCAACAGCAGAGCAGCAACCGGAUGCAGUGUCAGCAACGGCAAGGCCUGGUCAAGGCCAGGCAUAACACCCCCACGCAGAACCUUGUAAAGCGUCCAAAUCAGCAACUUCAGUCACCUGCUCCAAGGAACAGUAACUUACGUGAAUUGCCAAUUGCACCCUUGCAUGCAAUUGAAGCUGCUAACAACCGAAGGACCUCAGCGCCUGCUGCUCAAGUGAAACCCAUUGCCAGCGCCACCCCUGCCAUGAGGCCUGUUGCAGGUGUCAAGAACCAGCAGGGAAGAACUGAGACAAAACCUAGAGCGCUUGCUCCGGUGGCGCAGCCUAAAGCGGAGGCCAAAUCUGAGCCAGAGUUUCCUGAUGAAGAUGAAGAAACCAGACUUUACCGCUUGAAGAUAGAGGAGCAGAAACGUUUAAGGGAAGAGAUUCUGAAACAAAAGGAGCUCAGGCGGCAGCUUCAGGCUGGAGCUCGGAAGAGAGAGUUGCUUGAAAGGCUUGCACAGCAGCAGCAGCAGCAGUGUUCUUCAGUGCAACAGCAGGAGGAAGAAACUUCACAGUUGCCCACCAAUGGAAACCCGCUGCUUCCCCUUCCUGGUGUACAGCCCCGCCAAAAUGUGAAGUACAGACUGAUGGUUAAAAAACAAGAUCCAGUAGUUCCAAUCCCACCAGCUGUUCAGCCUAAGCCCACAAACAUUCUGCAGGCUGGAGAUAAUGCACAGUUUCAAGGACAACAAAUAAAAACAGUAAAGCAGCUAAGGCAGACUAGGACGGUGCCCGAAAAUGAGCUCCAGCUACCUUAUAAAGGGUUGCAAACAAAGCCUGCUGCAUUGCUCUUGAACCCAUCUCAAAUUGCUCGGGUGGCAUCGGUACAAAGCCAACCUCAGGAACUGAAGCCUGGGGUGAAAAGAACUGUCAUGCAGCGGGCAAACAGUGGUAGUGGAGAUGGGCCCCAUGUCGGCACCAAAGUCAGGGUGAUUAAGUUGUCAGGGGGUGGUGAGAACGUUGGCUUUUCUCAUGUGGAAGGGCCUCCCCUCCGGCUUCAGCCGCUGCCGGAGCAGAGACAUCAGCCGGUGCGGAAGGUCACGCUGACAAAGGGAACAGUACAGCAACCGCAUCAGCCUCAUAUGCACCAGCUGGCACAGAUUCACUCCACGCUUCCUCAAGGGCUGAAAACCAUCCCGGGGAUACAUCAAGUGAAGAAGGUCAUUCCGCACGGGAGAGGCAGAGGCAUGGCGGGCCAGAUGGGCCGAGGACGCUUGAUGCCAAAUAAACAGAAUCUGCGAGUGGUAGAGUGCAAACCUCAGCCCUGUGUCGUGUCAGUUGAAGGGCUUUCUUCAUCAACCACGGAUGUCCAACUGAAAAACCUGCUGAUGUCGGUUGGACCCAUUCAGAGUUUACAGAUGCUUCCUCAACAACGAAAGGCUGUUGCAAAAUUUAAAGAACCAGCUGAUGCUUUGAAAUUUCAACAGAAGUUUCACAGGCACAUGAUAGAUCUAUCCCACAUCAAUGUGGCUCUGAUAGUGGAGUGACCUGCUGAAUAUGACCGGUCUGUACAUGAAAGCUAAGCAUCUUCAGUCACAAGGGUGGAAUCUCCCUGUGAUCUCCAGUUCCAGCUUUGCAGUAUCCCUUUGAAACUUCAGACUUCUCUGUAACACUGCAGACAGCAGCAGCAUUGCUGCAAUGGAAGCUGAAUAUACAAGGAUCAAGGAACAGAGAGAUUUAUCCUAGCUCUCUUUUACUGUAUUGAACACAUGGAACUAUAGGUUUCAUACCCUUGUGUGCAAAUAGUGCCCGCAGAUGCUUUCCAAGAGAUAUACUGUGUGUUCGCAGUGACUCAGAUUGAAAGAACACUAACUUUGAAAAGGUUUUUUUAAAAUGUUUCUUCAUAGCAAAGAAUAUUUGAUAAUGGUUGCUCUUAUCUUCACGGUGGGGGGGUUGAAAGGAGAAUGCACCCAUACCUACCUUUUGUAGCAAAGCAGAUAGGUGCAUAUAACAUGUAGAAUAAAACAUGGGGUAUGUAAUUUGUUAGUAUUUUGCCAAGAGGAUUCGGAGCUCAUUCUUGAAAGCUCUUAUUCCCAGUGGGUGAGCGUGGUUCUUAGCAACAUGGAGUCCUGCACCUACUUUCAACAUUCUUUCCUUUCUCAUGUUGUUUUGUAGGAAUAACCUUGCAAUUUUGCCUUCUCGGCUUAACGAGUAUCUUUAUUUUUAUCCUCCCAGAAUCUCUGAAAGACAUGACUUUAAGCGUUCUUUGAUUAUGUCUUUUAUUGCUUUCAAGGCCGAUUUCGAGAUGCUGGGCCGAUGUAUAUGUGUGUGAGAGAAUCUGUACACAUUCGUGUUCAUUGUAGCGCUAGUGGUAGUACACAAAGAAACAAGGUCUAUUCCUAAUUGGCUACUAUUGUGAAAUGUACCACUGAUGCGGAGUUUACUUCCUGUAAUCCUACUUUUAUUAGCAUCUUUGCUUCGGAUUUUCUCUGCCUAAUAAUUUGCAGCAAAGGCUGCGUAAUGGCAGAAGCUGUUGAAUUGUACUUUUUUCUCCCCCUGCCCCCAAGUGAAAUUAUGAGGACUCUUCUUCCCUGAGACAUGGGGGGCUGAUCGAAAAAUUAUGUGCAGACUUUAAGGAAGAUAAUAAGUAAAAUCUGUGCCCGUAUCCUGCCGGUGUCUUCCAAAGUAAGGCUUUUUUGUUACCAAGAACUGCUGGCUACCCAAAUUUGUUUGGGUGUGUGCAUGCGUGUGUGUGUGUGUGGAAGGGGUAUUUUCUUCGGUUAUUUGUAGAAAUACAUUUGAGUGCUAAUGCAUUAGGUGUCAGUCAAAAUUAUGGCUGCAGGUAAUUUAGAAAGUAACUGCAAGUGUUUUUAAAAAAAUUUUAAUGGAGGCUAGAAUGAAAAUGCCAGAGCACACGGAAGAAUAACUGUUUGAAGAGUAUUGCUCUUUCAGGCCUGCAUUUUAUCUGAGAUUGAGAGGUGGUGAUACUUCUUUUUUGAUUUAUUUAAAAUCAAACUCUACGAAGAGGUAGACUUUUAAAAACUGCAUUCCCAAGCUAGUGGGAAUAAGCAGUUAAGCUAUAAAUAUUGUGUCAUGUCUUUUAAAGGCAGAAUUACUUCUCCCACACCCCCACCACCCCCAGGAAAUGUUGCAGGAGUAGUUUAAUUGGCGUGUUGUUGUAAAAGUGUGGUCCUUUUAAAUGCGUUUUUAAUGAAUAGCUUGUAAACACGAUCUUCGUUCUUGCGGAGUGCCUGACCUUGAAUUUGUCUGUAGAACCACGCCGUGGAGGUGAGUUUUGCUGUCCUUUAUUGUUCAGAGGCCGUUAAUUUGUGCUUGUUGAGGCAACUGGGAUUUUGGUUUAUCAUGGGCUGUUAGUUUAGUUUUCUUGUGCUUGGGAUUGUUUCAAAAGCUUAUAGGGCAUCAAACCCAAAAAGGUAGCACCCCGUACAUGACUGAAUAGCCCGGGCUCACCUUCAGGUGGGUUUUGGUCCUUCCACAGACUUUAAGCCUGCCUUCUUUGGUGUGUGUUUAAGAUCAUUCCUAAAACUUGGCUCUUCAUCCCACAGCUCAGGGACAGCUUCUCCAGAAUGAAUGUGCAUAAUGCCAAAGCAACAUCUGGAAAAGGGAUUGGUCAACGUCCACUGCUUAGAGCUGGGGAAGUCCUUCUACUGAGGCCAGCAGGACUUUGGUUAGGAUAGAUGACCACCAAACAGCUAAGGGGCACAUGAAGUUUAUUAUUUAAAGCAUCUCUCCAUUGGAACUAGGCCCUGUAGUAUGGCACGGCAUUUCUAAUAGUGGCGUGGACUUUUGUAUGAUUGGAAUCGAGGCACGUUCGUCAGACUCACCCUGUUAAGGUGAUGGUGUGUCCCAGUCGUGUGCAGAAUUGUGCAUGUGUCUUGUAUGCUCAUGGGAAUUUUCCUGUUUUGUCUCUGGAGAAGAGACUUUGUUUGCUUCUGAUGUUUUCCCUCCAUAGCUGGCAGCAGGAAGCCCAUGGUCUUGGGUGGAAGCACCCAAUCUCUGGCUUGAGUAAUCAUUAAGAUAUUGGGAUACCUGGACUGAAGGAUGCUAACUCAGGACUGAAUCUGUUGGCAGGAUCACAGUGCAGCUUUUCUCAUUUUUGAGGCACCUUCCACAAAAACAAAAUCGCCAUAAAAAACAGGAGGCCCUGCCCUUUGUACGCUUCACAGCUUGUCACCACUUAAUUUUUCUAGAAGAUCUGUUGCAACCAUUAUCUUGUUCUUUCUGUAUCAUGCAUUUAAAGUAAGAUGCAAAAUGCAGGACUUGCAUUUAAUGUAUUAUGUAAAUACGGGACUUUUUAACAAACUUUAAUUGAAACUAUUCAUAUGCUUACAAUUCAGCUACAUCAAAGCUUAUUUGGUGGGGUGGGGAGGAAGGCGGUGUUGUUGUCUUAUCAACGUUAAAUGAAAACAGCUCCAUAAAUGUUCAUUUUUUGUGUAACUUCUUUUUUUUAUAAAGAUGCUAGUAAGUCAAUACAUGUAUCCUGACCUGUGUAUUAUUUGUUCAUAAAGCUUCAGAAACUUAAAUUUGGUAUGAAUAUUUAGCCAGUGACUACUGUAGGUGGAACCAUUUUUUCUCUCUUAGAAAUACUUUCUUUUACUUCUCCGACAUUUUCUAAUUCACUUUACCUUUUAUGUCCUUGCCAAUGAAAAAGCGAAGCUGAGUUAUGUGCAAUACUGAAAUACCGAUGACAUAUUUAUAGUUUAAGGUCAAAUGGGCAAUACAGUAUCCAUUGUUAUUACGUUUUUUUUGUUUUUAAACUUUGGGCUUGGGAGCACUUUUAGGUUGGGACAAGGUUUGGUAAUUUUAUUUCAUGAGAUACAUAGAUUAGCCAGUGUUUCCGUCAAGAAUGUGAAAUACUCUUUAUAUACAUGUUUCAGGCUACCAUGUGAGUUCACAACGCUCCUUCCUUUAUCAGUAUGGUGUUUAACACUCCUUCAAAUUAACAGAAUUGUUAAAAUAUUGAUCGUAAAGGAGAGAUAGUCAACAGAAACCCAUUUAUAAAGAUCAGAAAAGCCACCUACAAAUAUUUCUAAUGCUAGGCCUUAAACUACGGAGGUUUAAAGAAGUUAAAUAAAAUUGGUUAGAAAAGAGUAUAUGAAGAUAUAUAUAUGGCUGCAGUCUACAGUCCAUAUCUCAAUAGAUUGGUCGAACAUCCUGUUGACUAAAGAAGAGAGGAAUAAUUGGCCUAUGAAUUGCAGCCCCUAGAUUAAGGGUGGGGGACACGGCCCUCCAGAUGUUGUUAGACUGCAACUCGUGCCAGUCCUCGCCAAUAUGGCCAGUAGUGAGGAACGAUGGGAGUUGUAGUCCACCAACAUCUGGAGGGCCCACAAGUUUUCCAUUCCUGUUCUGGGUGCUAUAAUGCGUGCCAUGAAAUAUGUGGCAAGACUAGGUCACUACUGGGGAGAAUUAGGAUGAGUUUAUGUGAUCAUUUUAUGGAGAAAUAUCAGCACGAGCUGUCAUUCCCCCUUCAUUCUUCUUUGAUUGCUUGUUCUUAUAAAUGUGCCCCAUAUGAUGAAAUCAAGAAAGAAUCAUUCUCUUUUUCAAUAACUGAUUUUAUGUGGUGCUAUUAUUUCAUUAUUAUAUAUACCAAAAGCAGCAACCACACAAGUAAUGAAGGGGCAUAUGACCUUGUGUGGUGGUGUUUUUACCUGUAAGAUUUGAUACUACAGGCUUAUUUGCCAAUACUUUACUUGUAGCUUUUGCCUGCCACUUACUGGAUCUUAAUAACUAGUUUUAUAAAGAUCUAGCCUGAAACUUUUAGCUGACAUCAGGAUGUCUGCUUAACUAUUACCCAUGGGGUUCACUUUAGAUAUUAGUUUAGUACUGAAUAUUUAAGCACUUUAUCUUAUGUGCUGCUGUUCAUAAUUAUAUCCACGAUUUGGACUAGCUUUUAACUGCUGACACAUUUCAAUAACAUUUUCUGUAUAUUCCCUAGUAUUAGGAAAAGGAAUGAGAUGAGUUUCCUUAUCCCUGACUUUUCUGGAUAGGCUUGUAGUUCCACAGAUGGCAUCCUUUCCAUUGGCUGUCUGUUACAUGUGCUUUUACUCAAAGGCUAGACUACUGGUCUCACUUGCUUACUGAUGGACAACACUUUUUGGUUUGGUUUUCUUUUCUUUUGUUUUCUUUGAUCACUUGCUUAUAAGCUUUCUCACUGUCUUCUAAGCUUUAUUUUGCAGCAGCCAUUUUGGACAAAAUGAAGGGUUGGAGAACUCUUUAAGUGGCACUGGGAUGUUGCGUAAGGGUCACUAUUAAAUAUCAAGAUGAAUUUUGUAAUAAUACUAUAAAGGGAGUAUUGCAAAAGUAUUAAAUCCUAAGGAUUUUGUGUAAGGUUUUUUGUAACCUAUUUUUUAUAAAGUUAAGCACACUAACAUAUAUAAGCCUUGGGGGGCCUUAUGUACAGACCACUGAUUCAUAUUGGAUCUCAUGUAUACCAUCUUCUGGUAUUAUAAAUAUGGUUGGGAAGGAUCAUUUUUUAUUUUGCGAUACUCAAAGGAUAUAUUCCCAGUUUCCAUGUUCAUCUUUGAUAGCAGUGUUCUCUUUCACCCUACAUGAGAGUUUUGGUGAGAUAGUUGGAAUUUUGUUUUCUUAUUUUUUUAAAAAAAACCCCUCACUUCUUCUCUUCACCUUUGGGUUGGAUCUAGAUCUUGCAAAAAGAAGGCAACACUUGCUGAUUAUUUUCAGAAGGUCUCUGCUAAAGGUUAUUAAUGUAUACUAAUGAACAGGGAAGCUAAAUCCCUAAAACCAAUAGUAAAUUAAAUGAAGCAUCUGGUAGAGUGUGUGUUAAUGAGUUCAAUAGAAACUUUAUCUGCUCAUUUGGAGAAAUCACUGUUAACUGUAAAACUAUAUAAUUACAUUUAUGUGAUAAUUUAUGCAUUUAACUCUGGUCUUCUACAAUACGUCACAAUUUUUCUCUCUCCCAUUGUUAUGUGACUAGAAAGAAAAUCCGACUUGUUUUUCAGUAAUCAAAUGUUUUUCUUUAUAGGUAUGGGAGGUUGUGGAGUUGAUUCCCAGCCAUCUCCAAGCUUAACCUGGAAAUAAAUGUAUUUCUUUUUACAGGUACAACAGAUGCAUUAAACUCAUUCACCUACAACAGACAUUCAGGCUUUCAUAUCUCUUGCAGUUUCAGUACUGUUUACCUUUCAUUUUUGCUCAACACCCAUUUUACUUUUUAUGAUUCUUGUAGCACUUAUAGACUUUUAUGGUUCUUAUCUUGUUGGGCCUCACUAACAAUUGUGUGAAAUAAAGCAGACUUUGGGAGGCCAGGAGCAAGGCCAUCCAGUUAGCAGCACAGCAUAGGAAAGUAAAUGUGGUUCCUUCAGAUCCAGAACCACCAUUCUGUCCACUGUACUACUGUUUGACCCACCCCCAAACAGCUCUUUAACAAGACAACAGCAUCACCUUGGCUCUCAUUUAGUUCCACAGCUCUUCUUCCUAUGUAGGAAUGCGAUAAAACCCAGUUGGUUGACCCCAUUUAAAUGUUCCUCAAAGCCGUUGUGGAUUUAGGGACAUUCUUCAGGACCUUAGGACACAAUCCUGUUUUUGUGUGUGUUUGUGGUGAGCAGGGUAUGGCUCCAUAGGAAGCAAGUGUAGCCCUCCUGGCCUACUGUCACUGCGGCCUUGACAUGUUGCAAUGUAGCCAGUAUUCAAUGCCCUGCUUCUCCCUGCCCCCACUCCCAUAGUCUUGCUUCUCGCAAGCAAACUGGGGGCCUGAAGAGAAGUGGUUCUCAGAUGGUUUCGAUGUGUAGGGUCUCCUAUUGAAGUGGAUGCUCUGGCUAUGAGGUAGCAAAAAAGGAAAACUCAGUCAGGAUGGCGGUUCUGCUGGCCUCUAGCAAGGCACUCUGCGUCCAGCUCACAACACACUGAACAGCCAAAACUGUACCCUGGGGGUGCCAGUGUUUCACUAAAUCAGAUGCUUAAAUUGGAGAAAAACAAACUGCAUUUGACAUGAAAAAGAAACCCGUUGAGCUCCGCAAAUCCUCUUGGCUUCAGGAUCCAUGGCCAGCAAACCAAUAACCCAGCCACAAGAUUUCCAUGACCCACUAGGCCUUCCUGAUCCGCCACUUAGGCCUGUUUCACUGAUGUCACUUCAUACUGCUACUGUAGACCAACAAAAAAGUGUGUUUCUGCUUCCUCCUGGAUGAUUUGGGGUAUUUGCAAAUGCUUAAGCUGCUGCUGAGGUAGAACUAAUACUUUUUUCUUCAUAGGGUUUCUUUCUCCCCCUUUUAGGAACAGCAUGCAUUCCGGAGAACUGGAGAAUGUACUCCUUAACCGUUUCUUAACUUUCCACACAGGAAAACGGCGUCCAUGGCGGUCUCAAGAGAACACAGCAUUACUAACCGUUUUCUUUUCCUCUUCCUCCUUUUUGCAGGCUCUCUUAGUUCUCUUUGAAUUCAGGGAUAGCUCUGUAAUAUUUCUCAUGUAGCAGUAGUGUCCACCGUUCAAGCCCUUUGUUACUAUUACCGAAUGUGAUCCUUCCUAACCUGUAACCUCGUGAAAUACUGUAUACCUUUUGAAUGCGAUCGGCAGUGCCAUUCAAACUUGUACUGUGCUAAACUGGACUGUGAAACUUGUGUUCAUUAGGAUAAAUGCAAGAGAUAGCUGUGUCAUGAUAGUGAACCCAUUGGGGUUGCUUCUUGCUUCAUAUUUUUAACAGCAUCAGCUACUCAUGUUACUCUAUAGCACAUUUUCUUAAGUGUAAUCUGCAUUUUUACGCCAAAUUCCUUCUACUUGCCUUAGAACGUUUCUCUGGAGUUUGUUGGUGUGAUACAAAUGUAGAAAUGACUUCGCAAAAAACGUCAAUGUGAAAAAUUUAUUCCGUAUUUCAGCUGGCAUGCAUUUAAAUGUAUUCAAAUUCUAUGCACUUAAACGUACCCACUGUAAUUGAAGUGUGUGAAUAAAAAUUCUUCCGUUGUA